AUGUGGGUACUAAACUGGUUCCAGGAUGUGUUGGCAUCUUUAGGGUUAUGGAAUAAGCACGCCAAAUUGCUGUUUCUAGGUUUGGACAAUGCUGGUAAGACAACGUUGUUGCACAUGUUGAAGAACGAUAGGUUGGCUACUUUGCAGCCUACAUGGCAUCCAACUUCCGAAGAGCUCUCUAUCGGAAACGUCAGAUUCACCACUUUCGAUUUAGGUGGUCACGAACAAGCCAGAAGAGUCUGGAAAGACUACUUCCCAGAGGUGGACGGAAUUGUCUAUCUUGUUGAUAUCGCAGACCCUGAGAGAUUUGAGGAGUCCAGAGUCGAGUUGGACGCGCUCUUGAAGAUUGAAGAACUUUCCAAGGUUCCUGUUUUGGUCUUGGGUAACAAGAUUGAUAAAUCUACUGCCGUCUCUGAGAAUGAACUCAGACAUGCAUUGGGUUUGAUGACCACUACUGGUAAGGACAAGGUUCAAUUGGUUGAAGGUCAAAGACCUUUGGAGGUAUUUACCUGCUCUAUCUACUUAAGACAGGGUUACGGUGAGGGUAUCAGAUGGCUCUCUCAGUACAUUUAA